AUGGCAAACAAGGUUGACUCCGAGCAUGCCGACCACAAGCACCACGCACAGCCCAGGCUGGUACGGGCCCAUAGCAGCCUGGGCCCCAGCCGGCCACGGAGCCCCCUGGCCUGUGACACCCACUCCCUUCAUUCAGCCAAGUCUUCCUUCAGCCUCCUGGCACCCAUCCGCACCAAGGACGUCCGGAGCAGGAGCUACCUGGAGGGGAGUCUCCUGGCCAGUGGGGCCCUGCUAGGGGCAGAUGAGCUGACCCAGUACUUCCCAGACCGGAACAUGGCCCUCUUUGUGGCCACCUGGAACAUGCAGGGCCAGAAGGAGCUCCCGCCAAGCCUGGAUGAGUUCCUGCUGCCCACCGAGGCUGACUACACCCAGGACUUGUAUGUCAUUGGGGUGCAGGAGGGCUGCUCUGACAGGCGGGAAUGGGAGACACGCCUUCAGGAGACACUGGGCCCCCGCUACGUGCUCCUGUCCUCGGCAGCCCACGGGGUUCUGUACGUGUCCUUGUUCAUCCGCAGGGACCUCAUCUGGUUCUGCUCAGAGGUGGAGUGCUCCACGGUGACGACACGCAUUGUGUCCCAGAUCAAGACCAAGGGGGCCCUGGGCGUCAGCUUUACCUUCUUCGGCACCUCCUUCCUCUUCAUCACGUCCCACUUCACCUCUGGUGAUGGGAAGGUGGCCGAGCGGCUGCUGGACUACACCAGAACCAUCCAAGCCCUGGCUCUGCCUAGGAACGUACCAGACACCAACCCCUACCGUUCCAGUGCAGCGGAUGUCACCACCCGGUUCGAUGAGGUGUUCUGGUUUGGAGACUUUAACUUCCGCCUAAGUGGUGGACGCAUGGCUGUGGAGGCCAUCCUGAAGCAGGGUCUGGAUGUGGAUGUGCCGGCACUGCUGCAGCAUGACCAGCUCAUCCAGGAGAUGAAGAAAGGGUCCAUCUUCAAGGGCUUCCAGGAACCGGACAUCCACUUCCUCCCAUCAUACAAGUUUGACAUUGGGAAGGACACCUAUGACAGCACCUCCAAACAGAGGACCCCCUCCUACACGGACCGGGUCUUGUACAGAAGCCGCCAUAAGGGAGACAUCUGUCCUGUGAAGUACUCUUCCUGCCCUGGGAUUAAGACAUCUGACCACCGCCCUGUCUAUGGCCUUUUCCGGGUGAAAGUGAGGCCUGGCCGAGAUAACAUUCCACUAGCUGCUGGCAAGUUUGACCGAGAACUGUACUUGAUAGGAAUUAAAAGACGGAUUUCGAAAGAAAUUCAGAAGCAGCAAGCAAUGAAGAAUCAGAACCCCAGUACCAUCUGCACCAUUUCCUGAAGUUGUUAGAGGAGGACCUUUGACCUAGAGCUGCUGGAGAAGACUGCAGUGUGUGCUCCUGACACCUGUCAUUCAUUCUCGGGUCCUGACGCACUGCCACUAGGGCUGCCCUACUUUCUCACCAAGAAACCCCCAGGCCAGACUGCAUCCCAGGAAGAAAGCUGCCUUCACUUACUUGGGCGAGCCUGUACUUAAGACUUGUCCCCACAGGCACCAAGGGGGGGGCUUCUCAGGGUAUUGAAACUCCCAUGACCUGCCUAGUGCCACAGCCUCUCCCUCCAUUCCUUCAUUUGCGGCUCCAUACCCAGAGCCAGUUUCUAUGUCCCACACAAGCUGGGCCCUUCCUCUCCACACAGGUGUAUGGGGGUCAGGCCCUGGAUCUGCCCUACAGCAUGCUGAGGCCAUGUUGGGGUCAUGACAGUUGCCCUCUCCCAGGCCUUGAGCCCUCUCUUCCUUGGGCUGAGGCCCAUGUGCUGAUCCUAUCUCCCCCACCCCCAGCUGAGUGAGGGCCACCUCCCUUCCCUCCAGAGGCCAAGCCCAGCUAUGUGCUGCAUCCGUUUUAGUGAUCAGCAGACCAUCUGCUUUUGUGACAUCAGCCACAGGGUGGUGUUAACAGAGAUGGUACUUCCUGCCCUGGACACUUAGGUUGGGCAGGGAAGCCUAGCUGGGGACUCUGUUCCUUAAAGAGGGCUUUGACCACAUCAUUGCUCUUUGAGUCUUAUAUUCUUGACAAGAUACAGCCUUGAAUGUACAGAGAUCUAGGGACAUCCACUCUAGUCUUUAAAUUAUUUAUUUUUCCAUAUUUAUAUUUUUAAAUAAAUGCAUAUAUAAAAUCUUAAAAACUCUUUGGCCCAAAACUGAAUGUUGGAAAGAAAGCCUGUGUGUACACCUUAUUCUUACAGUGUUCUUGUUUUAAAAGGACAUGGAACACAAAGGCAGGAAAUUGACUCGGCUUGCAACUGCUGACAGUCUUGUCCCAGUCCCUGCUGAGCAUUCCUCCUGCAGGCCAGAGGCAACGCGAGGGGAAGACUCAGGUGGACUGGGCUGAAGCCACAAGCAAUCCCAGCGAACACUAAGACUUCUAUUAAUAUCAGCUUCCAAAAUAUGGGAUAUAAACUUUAAAGCAACGCACCAAUGUUUCUGAUAAAGCGGGAGAGCGCCCACCAUUCCACUUCAAUAAAAAUUCAAUGGUC